UAUUAAAAGUAAUGGACACACACACCGGUCUAACGGGUGCGUCGGUCGGCGAGAAUUACGCUGUAAAAAAAAAUCUAAAAGGGAAGGGAAAAAAGAAAAAAAGAAAUAGAGGAAUUAUCAUACGAGGCGAAGCGCACCAGAGGAACCAUAGAGUCGAUACUCCCAAAGCUUAGAUGAACGGUGAGUUGACUUCUUUCCGAUAUUGACCCAAUCAUCUCUCGCCACGUCAUAGGUUACUGCAAUCCAUACCCUGAACCGGCACCUUCUCUGUCUCUCUCUCUCCCCCCAAUCGAAAACCUAAUCCGAUCGUCGUCUCCGACCUACAUCCGCCGGAAAAAUACUUUUGACAUGGAUUUCAGGAUUGAUAAUGGUGUAGCUGCUGGGAUGAUGAUGGGUAUUCCUGUUGAGCUUGAGGUUACCACGGUUGAGAAUCAUAAUGAAAUGGGUGAAAGCUCUGGUCAAGCAAUGAUUGAGCAAGAUGAUGACAACCAUAACGAAAUGGGUGACAAUUCUGGUCAAGGUCAAGCAAUGAUUGAGCAAGAUGAGAAGGUGAAUCCUGAUUCUCUUCCUCUGGCAGUUGCAGCCGAUAUGGCAGAUAAUCAAGGGGAUGAGCCUUGUGUUGGGCAGGAGUUCGAAUCUGAAGCAGCCGCUCAUGGGUUUUAUAAUGCAUAUGCUACAAAAGUAGGAUUCGUCAUCCGUGUUAGUAAACUGUCACGGUCAAGGCAUGAUGGGUCUCCCAUAGGCAGGCAACUUGUUUGUAACAAGGAAGGCUACAGGUUGCCUAGCAAGCGGGAUAAGGUUAUUAGACAACGAGCAGAAACGAGAGUUGGAUGUCGAGCGAUGAUCUUGAUUAGAAAAGAGAAUUCUGGCAAAUGGGUUAUCACAAAGUUUGUCAAGGAGCAUAAUCAUCCUUUGAUGCCUGGGAGAGUUCGAAGGGGUUGCAUCUAUGAUCAAUAUCCGAAUGAACACGACAAAAUCCAGGAACUGAUGCAGCAGCUAGCUGCAGAGAAAAAGAGAGCGGCUACGUACAAAAGGCAUCUGGAGAUGCUAUUUGAACAGAUCGAACAGCACAACGAAAGCCUUUCUAAGAGAAUCCAACACAUAGUAGACAAUGUGAGGAAUCUGGAACACAGAGAUCAACAGAACCACCAAGUAUAGUCUUUUGGUCUCUGGGUUUUUCCUUGUUCAUUCUUCAGCGGUUUGAUUUAGGAGAUAGAUCUUUUCUCAUUUCUAUUCCCCAUCUUCUCUCUUUUUAAUAAAGUUUUUUUUCUUCUUGUCGAAAACAAAAGAGCUUGCAAUUGCCUUAAAGAAAGUUUUGUUUCUUCUUCUUCUUAUGUUCUGACAUUGAUGUUGCUCGAGAUGAUGAUGCGUAGGCAUAAUUUAGUGUACAUAAAGUCAAGGUUUUACU